UCUCCGAAGUCCUCGUCGGAGGGUUCGAGGAGCGGUGCGCCUCCGGUGGGCUGGGCGGGUAGGUGUGGUGUUUUUCCGGCGGUUUACCAAUCGGGAGCAGUCCGGUGUCGGAUUUCGAGUCGGGAUCCGCAAAGAUCAGUCCGUCCCGGUCUCCCCCGAUCGGGGGAGAAAAAGUCCAGCGAAGUCUCUCCUCCGUUCCAAUCUGACGGGGGGAAGCAAACUCGUCGCGGCUUUCUCUGUUUCCCCCUUCGGCGAUGGCCGCCGCCGAGCAAAAGAAAGUCGUGGUGCACUUCAGGUCGACCGGCAACGCGCCGCAGCUGAAGCAGUCCAAGUUCAAGAUUGGUGGAAACGAGAAGUUUCUGAAGAUCAUUGACUUUCUUCGCCGACAAAUUCACCAGGAUACAGUGUUUCUCUACGUCAACAGUGCAUUUUCACCAAACCCAGAUGAGUUGAUAAUCGAUUUAUACAAUAACUUUGGAAUCGAUGGGCAGCUGGUGGUUAACUAUGCGUCAUCGAUGGCAUGGGGCUGAAAGAUUUUCCUUCUAGAGAGGAGACUUGAAUUAACAGGGAGAAACCUUUUCCUUUUUUGUACAAAACUUAUUACUUACUGAAACACUCGUCAUGUAAAGCGCUGAGAUUUGAACAUCAAAGCAAAGCACUUCCGUAUUUGGUACACGUUGAUGUCAAUAGCAACAGUAGCAGCAGUUUUCCCUGGCUUUCAGCCCCACUGUAAAACUGAGACGUCGUGCAUUGAACACCCCAGUGUUUCGUACAUCGAAUGGAUUCCAGAUUUGCAGUGCUCAAA